AUGCAGGAACUCACCAGACAGUAUGGAGGAACUCGGCAAGUAGUAUGGGGAAACUUGGCAAAACAGCAUGGAGGAACUCAGCCGGCAGUGUGGAGGAACUUGGCAGACAGUAUGGAAGAACUCAGCAGGCAUUAUGGAGAAGCUCAGUGGACAUUAUGCAGUAACUCAGCAGACAGCAUGGAGGAACCCAACAAAUUGUGUGGAAGAACUGAGCAGAUCGUGUGGUGGAACUCAGCAGACAGUAUGGAGGAACUCUGCAAGCAGGAUGCAGGAACUUGUCGACCACAGUAA